UUUUUUCUUCUUAUCUCACAUAGGCAGGACAGCAUUUUACAUUCACGAACUAUGGCACACAGGCCGUUCUAAAACUGCUCACAAGCCGCUAACCGAUAACCUAGUUCAGUCGUGUUACAGCAUUAGCGAGCUAUCUAGCAACCUGAACGUUGUCGUAUUUGUGGGAACUUUACCAGUAGUAGGCCAACAUUUGGUGUCACCGAAAGAAAUGAAAAGUGAGAGCUUAUUCAGACCAGUUCUUGGACUAUCAGCGGAACAUUUUUGUGAGCUCCAGAAACCGAACAUGACUGAAAAUGGACUUGGGCACCGGGAGAGGGUGCUUAACGUGGACACCAUGAACCCGAACGUAAAGCGGAUUGAGUAUGCUGUCCGUGGUCCAAUUCUGCAACGUGCAGUGCAGAUUGAAAAAGAGCUUAAAGAGGGAGUUAAGAAGCCCUUCACUGAGGUCAUUAAAGCCAACAUCGGUGAUGCACAUGCCAUGGGCCAGAAACCAAUCACAUUCUUCAGACAGGUUAUAGCGCUGUGCGUGUACCCGGAUCUCCUAGAAGACGACAAGUUUCCAGAGGACGCUAAAAACCGAGCACGGCGCAUCCUUCAGGCCUGUGGAGGGGGUAGUUUAGGUGCAUACAGUGCUAGUUCAGGCAUUGAGGUCAUACGACAAGAUGUUGCUAAAUACAUUGAGAAGCGGGACAGUGGAAUUCCCAGUAACCCUGACGACAUCUACCUCUCUACUGGGGCCAGUGAUGCUAUAGUGACCAUGCUGAAGUUGUUGACGUCAGGCGAGGGGAAGACCCGUACAGGGGUGAUGAUCUCCAUCCCUCAGUACCCCCUCUACUCUGGUGCUCUGGCUGUGCUGGCGGCUGUCCAGAUCAGCUACUACCUGGAUGAGGACAAGUGCUGGAGCCUGGACGUUGGUGAGCUGAGGAGGGCUGUGAAGGCAGCUAGGGAGCACUGUAACCCCCGCGCCCUCUGCAUUAUCAACCCUGGCAACCCCACAGGUGAAGUCCAGAACAGGCAGUGCAUUGAAGAUGUGAUCCGAUUCGCUGCUGAGGAGCACCUUUUCCUGAUGGCUGAUGAGGUUUACCAGGAUAAUGUGUACAUGGAGGGUUGCCAGUUCCACUCCUUUAAGAAGGUUCUAUUUGAGAUGGGAUCUGAGUACUCCAGUGUUGUGGAGCUGGCCUCCUUCCAUUCCAUCUCCAAAUGCUACAUGGGAGAGUGUGGUUUCAGGGGAGGAUACAUGGAGGUGAUUAACAUGGACCCUGAGGUGAAGUUGCAGCUGACUAAGCUGGUGUCUGUGCAGCUGUGCCCCUCCAUCCCUGGGCAGGUCCUACUGGACCUGGUAGUCAACCCCCCCCAGCCUGACGAACCUUCCUACGCCACCUUCAUCAAGGAGCGUACUGCCAACCUACAUAUCCUGUCUGAGAAGGCCAAGAUGACAGAGCAAGUCCUCAACACAGUCCCAGGGAUCCACUGUAACCCUGUCCAGGGAGCCAUGUACACCUUCCCCCGCCUCACACUGCCAGAGAAAGCCAUCAACGCGGCCAAGGUCUCUCUUCCUCGCUCUCUAACCCCCCCUCUUUACUUGUAUUUAAAUGAUCUGCCUGUUUCUGAUGCGCUUCUCAGUUGUUUUCUUCCAAUGUUGUUCAACCCAUAUGCCCCCUGCACGCUCUGUGUCGCUGUGUGUAUAGGAACAGGAACAGGCUCCAGACAUGUUCUACUGUAUGAAACUGCUGGAGGAGAUGGGCAUCUGUCUGGUCCCAGGGAGUGGCUUCGGACAGAGGGAUGGAACCUACCACUUCAGAUGCAGUCUGUUUCAGAAACUCACCCAUCCUCUUCAGAAAAUGGAUUGAAUAGCCAACAAAGGGUGCCAGUGAGUUACCAAGUGUCAUUGUGUGGCUGGAACUGGAACAGUCACCACAACACGCCUUGUGUUGGAAUAUCUCCCCUCUAAUGCUCGAGUUGACAUUGCAAGGGAAGCACUGUUAAAAAAACGGAACUAUUCAACAUGGUGCCUGCUAUUCUGUUUUAGCUUAUUGUUUUUAAUUGUGUCAGAUAGCAUCUGCACAGUGGCUGGAGAGAACAGGCUCAUAGUAAUGGCUGGAACAGAAUGUAUGGAACGGUAUCAAACACAUGGUUUCCAUUAUUAUGAGCUGUUCUCCCCUCACCAGCCUCCUUUGCAAUAUGUGUGUAUUUAUGUGAUGACUGAAAACCGAUAUCAGCUCAUGACUUUUUUUUUUCUUCCAGUUAAGAGUUUGCUUGUCCUGCCAAGUAUUUUACAGGUCAUACAGCAACACUGGUCCAAACUAGUCCAAAUAUCAGUAAAUGGUUGGUGGAGGUGUGCUUCUUUUGCACGGCAGGAGUGCAAUGGAUAUUGCGUUGAAACGGGUGCUGGGUUGAAAAUAGUAUUUUCCAAUGAACAGUUGACUGUAGCUACAGGUGUAUGUGUGUGUAUAUAUAUAUAUAUAUUUUAUGACUAAUGUUGAUUGUAUCUAGAAUUGUCUAAAUAAAAUAAAUGUAUUUGUCUACUGUA